AUGGCCAACCUGACACGUCAGCUCGGCCUCAACGACGCGCUCAUUAUCUGCAUCGAUGACUUCCGCGGGUGGCCAGGGUUCAACGAGCAGUUCCAGUUCAUCAACUUUGUCAACGGGGACGUGAUGUUGUUGUACCAGUUCAUGCAGAACGUGGUGUAUAGCAACGUGACCGAUGUGAUUUUGCCGCUCCCGUUCUCGACCGGUUCGACCCUGUCGAAUUUGUGCCAGUGGGGGGUGACCGCGGAUCUGAUCGAGGUCGAUGCGGGUCACGGGUUUAUGUCGGCUUGGUCCGAUAUUAACCGGGCCUUCCCGCUGUUGCGACCGGGCGGGGUCAUGUUCGGGUAUGACUAUUUUCGUAACGCGGAUGGGUUUGGGGUGAGGCGGGCGGUUAACUUGUUUGCCAAGAUUUAUGGGUUUAAGGUUGAAAUUGAUGGCGAACAUUGGGUGAUCCGCACCUCUUGA